AAUCCAAAUUAUUCUAUAAUUCCAUUCCUCCAAAUAUUCUUAAUUCAACACCCACCAUGAGGAUGAUAGAUUUGGGAAGCCAAACUCUCCAAAUCAUGGACACUGCAACGAGCGUAGACUGCGCGCGCCAAGUCAGGUUCCCACGCCGCUCCUUGCGCGCCCUUGUCCAGUGCAUGGUCCCUGCCUGCUGUGGCUUCCACCAAACAACUUUCGAAGAAGGCUCGUCCUUCAUCUCCUCCUCCUCUUCCUCCUCCCCCGGGCCCUCCUCUGACACAACAACCACUAGUACUAGUACUACUGGUAAUACUAGUACUAGUGGUCGUGAGCCCACGCGCCUGACUGGAACCUUCUUUGGUUACAAGAAAGGCCGUGUUAGCUUCUGCCUUCAAGAACACAGCCGCAGCAACCCCAUGAUGCUUCUAGAAUUCGCCGUUCCCACGGCGUAUCUGGCCAGAGAGAUGCAGUACGGACUGCUCAGAAUAGCACUCGAGUGCUGCCACCGCAGUAAUGAUAAUAAUAAUAUUAAUAACAACAUGAAUUACAAAAAAUGUUCUCUGUUUCGUGUCCCCGUGUGGACCAUGUACUGUAAUGGGAGAAAGGUCGGGUUCGCCAUAGCCAGGCAGCUCAGCCUGUCCGACGUGGCGGUUCUGAACCAUAUGCAGUCGGUGUCCGUUGGGGCAGGAGUACUUCCCGAUGGAGAUUUGAUGUAUAUGAGAGCUGGGUUUGAGAGAGUGAUCGGAUCUCCGGACUCUGAGUCGUUUCAUAUGAUCAACCCAACUGGGACUAGCUCCGCUCAGCAACUCAGUAUCUUCUUGCUCAGAUCAUCAUGAGUGAUGUUUACGCACACGAUGAUGUAGAUGAUGAUGAUGAGUUCAUGAUCAUCAUGAUGACAACGUACGUCCUUGUCGGGAAGAUUAUAGCUGUGUGGUGAUCUCAUUAUAUAUAUUCAUAACUAUAAUAAUUACUAUAUAUUUAUAUAUGUAUAAUGAAUCUAUUAAUGUAGCAACUAGCAACUACCUACUGUUUUAAUAUGUAGAGUUGUAUUAUUAUACCAUGUUAUACUCACUUAUAUUUUCUGUUUGA